AUGGGUGAAUCAACUGCCAUCAAGUGUCUUUUCAAGUUUUGCGAAUACAUGGUUGAAAUAUUUGGUGAUAGAUACUUGAGAAGGCCAAAUGCUGAUGGUGUUCAACGUCUUCUUCAAAUGCAUGAUGAGAGGCAUGACUUCCCUGGCAUGGCACAGGCUGUGGGUUGGCUGCCAGUGAGAUCCUUCAGGAAGAACAUCCUCUCUGUUCACUCUCAGAAGCGUGUCGGCGACAGCAUGGACGCGAAUGGUAACUCGCCGGCUGCCUUUGUGAAGGUGAGCAUGGAUGGUGCACCGUACCUGUGUAAGGUAAACCUGAAGAUGUACAGGAGCUACCAAGAGCUCUCCAUGGCCCUGCAGAAGAUGUUUAGUUCCUUCACCACCAGCACUGAAUGUAGGCCGACCUAUGAAGACAAGGAUGGAGAUUGGAUGGUUGUUGGUGAUCCAUGGGAGAUGUUUGUUGACUCGUGCAAACGUUUGCGUACCAUGAAGGGAUCCGAAGCCAUUGGGAUUGCACCAAGAGCCAUGGAGAAGUGCAAGAACAGAAGUUGAAGACUUGCUCCACCAAGUAAAAUGGCAUAAAGCAAAUUCACCUCUGGAUUUGGAUCAAG